AUGAGAAUCACAUUAGUUUCGUUGCUUUCUUUCUUUCUCUGCAACUUUGUAUAUCUCAGUAUCUACUUCUCUGCCACCACUGGCAAAUGUCUGGAGGAUCAACAAUCAUUGCUGCUUCAACUGAAGAACGGCCUCAAAUUCAAGCCUGAAAAUUCCAGCAAACUGAAGUGGUGGAAUCAAAGCAUUGAUUGCUGCAAUUGGGGUGGUAUAACAUGUGACGAUGAGGGGCGUGUCAUUGGCCUUGACCUGAGAGGAGAAUUGAUCAGUGGUGGAUUUGAUGAUUCGAGUGUUGUUUUCAGUCUUCAACAUCUCCAGAUUUUGAAUUUGGCUGCUAAUAAUUUCAAUUCUGUCAUUCCAUCUGGAUUCAACAAGUUGGAAAAGUUGACAUAUCUGAAUUUGUCGUAUGCCGGCUUUGUGGGUCAGAUUCCAAAUGAGAUUUCUCAGUUGACAAGGUUAGUUACUCUUGAUAUAUCUUCUCUUUCCUAUUUAACAGGGCAAGAGCUGAAACUUGAGAACCCAAGUCUAACAAAGCUAGUCCAAAAUCUCACCAGUAUUAGGCAACUGUAUCUGGAUGGUGUAAGUAUAACAGUUCCAGGACAUGAAUGGUGCAGCGCCUUGUUGUCAUUGCACGACCUGCAAGAGCUUAGCAUGCCAUAUUGCAAUCUCUCAGGGCCCCUGGAUCCUUCCCUGGCAUCACUUGAGAAUUUAUCAGUCAUUGUUCUUGGCCAGAACAAUUUAUCAUCCCCAGUGCCAGAAGCAUUGGCUGAUUUGAAAAAUUUGACAAUCCUAAGUCUUCCUGGUUGCCAGUUGACUGGAACAUUUCCACAGAAGAUCUUCGACAGUGGAACAUUGUCAGUUAUUGAUAUAUCAUUCAACUACAAUCUCCAUGGUUUCUUUCCAAACUUCCUACUGAGCAGAUCUCUCCAGAUCUUUAGAGUAAGUCACACAAACUUCAGUGGAGCAUUUCCACACUUUAUUGGUAACAUGAGGAACUUAUCUGAAUUGGAUUUUUCUAAUUGUCAAUUGAACGGAACACUUCCCAACUCUCUGUCAAACCUCACAGAACUCAGUUACCUGGACUUGUCAUGUAACAACUUCACAGGUCAAAUGCCAUCAUUUGAUAUGGCCAAGAAGCUUACACACUUAGACCUUUCUCAUAAUGGUUUGACUGGUGCAAUCCCAUCAUCUUCUCACUUUGACGGACUGGACAAUCUUGUCAGCAUUGACUUGCGUAAUAACUCAAUCAAUGGGAGCAUUCCUUCAUCCCUCUUUACUCUCCCACGGCUGCAAAAGAUUCUGCUUUCCCACAAUCAAUUUGGUCAAGUAGAGGAAUUCACAAAUGUGUCUUCUUCUAAAUUAAACACUCUCGAUUUAAGUAGCAAUAAUCUAUCCGGGUCUUUUCCAACAUCUAUAUACCAGCUCAGUGCACUCUCUAUCCUCCAACUAUCUUCAAACAAAUUCAAUGGGACAAUGGAUCUAAAUAAGCUUUUGGUGCUCAGAAAUUUAACUACACUAGACCUUUCAUACAACAACUUUUCAGUCAAAGUGAAUGAUACAAAUGUUGACUCAUCUUACUUUCCCUCCAUUAGCAAUCUAAAGUUGGCCUCCUGCAACUUGAAAACUUUUCCUGGUUUCUUGAGAAAUCACUCCAGAAUAAUCUCUCUAGAUCUUUCAGAUAACCAUAUUCAAGGAAUAGUACCCAACUGGAUUUGGAAACUACAGAUUCUUCAAAGCCUAAAUAUUUCUCAUAAUUUGUUGACUAAUUUGGAAGAUCCUUUGAAGAAUCUUUCUUCCAACUUGUUAGUACUUGACCUUCAUUACAAUAAACUUCAGGGGCCACUACCUGUUUUUCCUGAAUAUACGUUGUAUUUGGAUUUCUCAAGUAACAAAUUUAACUCUGUUAUCCCCCAAGACAUUGGUAAGUACCUAUCUUACACAUUUUUUCUCUCUAUCUCAAACAAUAAUUUGAGUGGCAGUAUCCCUUAUUCUCUCUGCAAUGCUUCAAAUCUUCUAGUGCUUGAUCUUUCCAAUAACAACAUUUCUGGAACAAUUCCCCCAUGUUUAAUGGCAAUGAGUGAGACCCUUGGAGUAUUAAAUCUUAGAAAGAACCAUCUCAUAGGCCCUGUCCCAGAUAUGUUUUCAGCUGCCUGUUCUCUAAGGACUCUGGAUCUCCAUGACAAUAAAUUAGAUGGAAAGAUUCCGAAAUCUCUUUCUAAUUGCUCUUCAUUAGAAGUGUUGGACCUUGGAAAAAACAACAUUAUGGAUGUCUUUCCGUGUUUGUUAAAGAACAUAUCCACACUCCGGGUCUUGGUCUUAAGAAAAAAUAAUUUAUAUGGCCACAUUGGAUGUCCAAAGACCAAUGGAACAUGGCACAUGCUUCAAAUAGUGGAUCUAGCCAUUAACAAAUUCAGUGGCAAGCUACCUGGAAACUGCUUCACAAGGUGGGAGGCAAUGAUGUCUGAUGAAAACAAAGAUGAAUCCAAGGUAAAGCACAUUCAAUAUCAGUUUCUUCAAUAUAAUGGCCCAAUAUAUUAUCAGGAUUCAGUGACAGUUACAAUCAAAGGUCAACGGAUGGAUCUGGUUAAGAUUCUAACUGUCUACACUUCGAUCGACUUCUCAUCCAAUCAUUUUGAAGGGGAAAUACCACAAGAGCUAUUUGACUUUAAGGCACUCUAUACACUCAACUUGUCAAAUAAUGCUUUUUCUGGCCAAAUUCCACCGUCAAUUAGAAAUGUGAAGGACCUGGAGUCCUUAGACUUAUCAAACAACUCACUGGAAGGAAACAUUCCCACAGAACUUGCAACUUUAUCCUUCCUAUCAUUCCUGAACCUCUCCUUUAAUCAUCUGAUUGGGAGAAUACCCACAGGUACCCAAAUUCAAUCAUUUCCAGAAUCUUCCUUUAUUGGUAACAAAGGAUUGUGUGGCUCUCCUUUGACUACAAACUGCAGUACCAAUACCAGUCCUGCAACUACAGAAUCAGCCGACUUUGAUUGGCAGUACAUAGUUAUCGGAGUUGGUUUUGGGGUUGGAGCCGGAGUAGUUGUUCCUACAUUGAUGAUCUGGGAGAGAGGAAGGAAAUGGAGCAAUGAUACAUUUGGAAAUUUUCUUAUGCGAGUUUUUUCACUGUUCGGUUUAGCCUAUAUCCCCAUUGAGGACUAUGAAGGGGAUGAUGGCGCAGAAGAGAUGGACGAUGAUUCUACUGAAGAAGAAGAUUAUUGGGACUGUCCAAGCUUCAGAGGAAGGUAUUGUGUUUUCUGUUCCAAACUUGACCUUACUAUGAAGAGGGUCAUUCACGACCCCAGUUGCACAUGUUACCCCUCAUCAUCAGCUUCAAAUUCUACUCAUUCAUCAAAAUCCUAUUCCCCUUAG